AUGCCUCCAUUCAACGAUUACCGCAUUCGAAAGGCCUAUCCUCGUAGUAGGGGUCUCGUCCAAAGCAGAUAUCUCCAGCAGUCUCUGAAAAUUGACACCAGCAACCGGGCUAAUAAGUUCAAGACUAAUAUCUUUGCUCACGCACUCUUCUCACCCACGCAACCCAGCCGACCAACCACGUGUCAGGAAGAUACAAUGCUUCACGUUGAACAGAAGGACUCUGUUUCUUUUCUCAUGUCUUCUCUUCACUCUGCGGCCGACGACUGGGAAUGUAAGGACUGUAGCUGGCAGCUUCGUAACCUGGCAGCCAAGUUCUACACUCAAUUCCACUCAAACAACAAAGGACUGCCGACUUCUUAUCCUGCGGAAAUGGUUACCCGAGAACCUGUAUCUUAUCGACGAGGCCGUGACUCGCAUCGAGACUCGUAUGCCAUGUCAACGCGCUCUGCUUCCUCUGUAAGGAGCUCGGUUUCUUCCAACGUUGGAGGCGAUGUUGCCUAUCUCAGGCGCUGCACACAAACAAAAGAUGUUGGACAGGGCGGCCAAUCCUUUUACGGAGUCCACCAGGCCCAUCUUGAUCUCAGCCUCGGAGAGACUGUCAGCGUCCACAUGCGUCCGACUGACCAGAGGCGAAAGCUCAACGAACUCGGGCCUGGAACCAUCAUCUCGGCUCCUUUCCAUAGUCAGUACCGCGACGACAAGGUAUCAACGACUAACUACCACACAGCAGUCUCUGGCUUCGGUCCCAUCUACUCCAAGUACCGCAAGAUGAUCACCAUCGAGAUCUGGGGGGAUCAUGCCGUUUGCCUGCCCAUCUACAGUUACAACGGCAAAGGCCUUGAGAACCGUGGAGGCAUGGUAGACGAGUACAUGGACAUUCGUGAUAUCGACGAUGAGGAGCCUGAAGACGGCGAUACCCAUCACAAACCGCUCAUGGCUAUCCGCAGUCAAGAUUGGUCUGGUAAGAACACCUUCAUCUGUGGCAGGUCAGUAGUCAAACUGACCGAGAAAACCAUGCAUCGUGCAUUCGACAAGUGCUCGGUCGAAGGAUCUCUCACGAAAUCAGAGUUCCAACGUAUGUAUAAAGUAUAUCUAGGACUCUUGCAGUCAAAGGCGCUGGAGGUCUUUGGCGAACCUGUUGAGGCUACAAUCAUACCAAAUAAAGCAUAA